CCCAUCACUAUUCGUGAUUCUUUCUUGCUGCUUUCUGUCGUCUGCGAGCCGAUUUUCAGAUUCCCUGUCGCUUAAUGUGCGCAAUUUUAUAGUGUUGUUUUCUGUUUGAUGUGUGUGCGAAGAAGCAGCUCUUGCUUUUCUUUCAGCAAGCGAGACCGGAAGUGAGUAAUAAGAGAUAUUGAUUGAAUUACGCGCGACAUUUCGCACGGGUGCAGAGUUCGCAAAGAGAACGGUGUCAGCACAAAACAGCACAUCCGCUCAGUCCGUGGCUCGAUGACCUGAUAACAGCGGAUCGAUGCUGCUGUUGGUGGCUAGAAAUGCUGCAAACGCUGGCCCUGCGAUGGUUCCGUCGAUACAAGGUAUUCUUCGCAAUCGGACUGCUAAUUGUGGGGGCGCAGGUAUUUCUCGCAUAUAAGCUGCUGAAGAUUCCCGUGUCCGGCAGUGGCAGUGACGAGGAACGGGAUCUUAGCAAGAGGUUGUACGAGAAGUAUGUCAAGAAGACAGUCGGUUCAAAUCUGUCCGCGGACGAUGAGGACCCGACUGGGCAGCAGCAUCCAUUAUCCGUGGGCGGGAAUAGUAUGAUAAAGGCAGCUACUGGGGGCGGACGGAAGGAGGUCGGAAGGACGGCUCUGAGCUUACACGAUUUAAAUUUUGUACCCCUCUGUGAUAUAUACAGCAAAGAGACCGUUUCCGCCAUUCAUCGCGCGAGAAGUCAAACCUGUAAGAAGCAGAUUGCGGAUAUUGCUUGUGCGAUACAGGAGGGCACGUUCUACCCGAAACGGUUGCCGAAUUACUGUCCGAACGGUGGCCAUGUUCCUAGCAGGUCUCUUGGAUGUUUUCAGGAUGAGAAAAAUUUCAGGAUUUUAUCCGGUUACUACACCAAUUUUAAGACGAGCAAUUCACCAAGACGCUGCAUUCAGCUGUGCUUGCAGUCUGGGUUUUUGUUUGCCGGUGUACAAUAUUCGAGUGAAUGCUUCUGUGGAGAUGAUCCACCGAAGGCUUCAGCGAAACUACCCGAUUCCAGUUGCAAUAUGAAGUGUUCUGGCGAUCCGAGACAGGCUUGCGGUGGUUACUUCACUGUUAACAUCUAUGAAACCGGAAUCGCUAAAUUCAGUCCUCAGACGACGGAAGUUACCCCAAGAUCUGGGGUACAAUCAGCCAGAAUUGUAUUUCUGCUUACCUUAAAUGGGAGAGCUUUGCGGCAAGUACACCGGCUGCUCAGGACCUUGUACAGUCCCAAUCAUUACUACUUUAUCCAUGUUGAUUUGCGACAGGAAUAUCUCUAUCGUGAACUACUCAAAUUAGAGGAUAAUUUCCCAAAUAUCCGCUUAUCUCGCACCCGUUGGUCUACAAUCUGGGGUGGGGCUUCUUUGCUGCAGAUGCUACUUUCGUCGAUGGAACAUUUGUUAAAAGAACGUCACGAAUGGAAGUGGGACUUCGUUAUGAACCUAAGCGAGAGUGAUUUUCCUGUUAAAACCCUAGAUAAAUUGGUACGCUUUCUGAGUUCAAAUCAAGGAAAGAACUUCGUACGAAGCCACGGACGGGAAGUGCAACGGUUUAUCCAAAAGCAAGGCUUGGAUCGGACGUUUGUAGAGUGCGAUAACCACAUGUGGCGAAUUGGUGAUCGGGCUUUACCAGCGGGGGUGCAGAUCGACGGUGGCAGCGAUUGGAUUUGUUUGUCGCGAGAUUUCGCCCGUUACGUGACGGAAGGUCGAACGGGAAACGAACUGAUCGAGGGACUGUUAGUGAUUUUCAGACAAACUAUACUGCCAGCGGAGUCGUUUUUCCAUACGGUUCUGCGCAACUCUGAGUUUUGCAAUAGAUAUGUGGACAAUAAUUUACACGUAACCAACUGGAAGCGGAAGCUUGGUUGUAAAUGUCAGUACAAACAGAUCGUAGAUUGGUGUGGAUGCAGUCCGAAUGAUUUCAAACCCGAAGAUUGGGGCAAACUGCAGGGAACGGAGGCAAAGCAGUUUUACUUUGCGAGGAAAUUCGAGCCGAUCAUUAACCAGGAAGUUAUUCUGCAGCUUGAAGAGUGGGUUCACGGGCCUUUCCCGGCGGACUAUCCUAAUCUUCACUCGUACUGGCAGAACUUCUAUCAUUACGAGGACCAAGGUGGGCCAUCUGACGAAACAACGCUGCAUGUCGCCUAUAGCAUUUUAAGGCUUAAUGCCAAAGCAAGAUCCAACCAGUUUCAGGAACCCUUUCGGAUACGAGAGUUGAAUCAUUUUCUGGAUCAUGAUAAUUACCGAGGCUUUCUGAUCCUAUACGAAGCCAUUGUUGCCGGUGAACGUGUUUUACUGGAAACAAGAGUUCAACCAAACAUUUCCGCACAGGUAUCGAAAUCGGUUUCACUUGGACGGCGACUAACCCAGCUGGAAGUAAGCACCGAUUUCGACCAGAAAGAGCAGGUUUCUCGAAAUUUCCAAAGAAUAAUUGGAACCCGAAGUGAGCUGGUGCUGAUCUUUCGACUUGCAGGUUCUCGAACGGAGAAAAAUACUACCACUUACACGCUUGCCGUGCUGUGGAUUGAUCCUUCGGGGGAUCUAGCAGAUAACGUCGAGCUAACCAUCGAGGAUAAUCCUUCCGGACCACCGGAAAAUCUCGUCCAUUUCAGUAAAGCUGCCAGUCUUCGGCAUCCGUUGAAAGUCGGUAUUUGGACAGCUAAAUUGGUUUACAAAAAGACACUUCUCGGAGUGACUCGAUUUCUGGUCAGUGGCAGCGCGUUUUCCGCCGCUGCCAAUCAGACUACCAAAGAGCAGGAACAAGCGCAGCUAGACAGUUUAGUGCAGCAGUUUUUUACCAUUAAGCAAAGCUGCUGGGUGGGGAAGGAAAAUGCUGUUCCACUGGAAGCACACCUCGAACAGCCCCAGGAUUUGCUGCGCUGCAGUGAAUCCAGUUGGAGCAGCCUGGCUCCUGAUCCAAAGAGUGACAUCUAUGCCGCAAACGAGAGGAUCCCCGAAGGGAUGGGAUUCUCGUGAUCCGGUUGGAAAGCAUUCAGGUUUUGCCAGAGAUAAGUUUAUUUGUUUAUGUCGGUUGAGUUUUCAAAUUUUAUCAAAAACUAACUUUUAGUUGUGUGUGUAGUUUUUAGGUAAUCUCGUGUUUGAAUGUUUUUAUUGCAUUUAUCAGGCAGUAAGAGAAACGGCAGAUAACUGCUCGAGUGCCAUUUGUGAAUCGUACGUUAUUCUAAUUAUCAUUUUCCUGUAGUCGGCAAGAGGCUGAACAAGUAAGCUAUUAAACGUUUUGUUUUCAGAAUAAGUGUCAUAAAAGGCAAAGCCUUGCAGUCUUUUUCCCAGUAAACUUUACUAUAAUUGUUCAUGAACAACCUCUUGUAAAAUACCAAACAAAAAAACGUUUAAAAUCCUGUUAUUCUUCCGAUCAAAUUUCUCUAUCAUAAUUGUAAGCAGAGUUUAGAGGAGAAAACUCCGUAAUUCACGUUCAAAACUAAAAGAAUAAUUUCUGUACAACUGUGCGAUAGUAUUAACAAGCAUUUUAAAUUCUCUUUCGCCUUAGAACGUAACCCUUUAAGACCUAACAUUUUCUUUCAGAUGAUUUUGUUCAACUCUUAGGUUGUAAUAUCCAAACCAUUCAAAGAAAAUAAAGAACGUAAAGUAUUUUGAAUA